GGUCCGGGCCCUGACAGGCUGCGGCGCGCUCUACUGUCGUCAUUUCCUGCCGCGGGACGACUGUUGCCGCGCGCCAGGCUGGGCGGACGGCGGGGGUUGUCCGGAGCGGUAGCCAUGAACUUCUCCGAGGUGUUCAAGCUCUCCAGCCUGCUCUGCAAGUUCUCUCCAGACGGCAAGUACCUGGCUGCCUGUGUCCAGUACCGGGUAGUGGUCCGGGAUGUGAGCACCCUGCAGGUCCUCCAGCUGUACACGUGCCUCGACCAGAUCCAGCACAUCGAGUGGUCAGCAGACUCCCUCUUCAUUUUGUGCGCCAUGUACAAGCGAGGGCUGGUGCAGGUGUGGUCUUUGGAACAGCCGGAAUGGCACUGCAGAAUCGACGAGGGGUCCGCUGGCCUGGCGGCUUCUUGCUGGAGCCCAGAUGGGCGCCACAUUCUCAACACGACGGAAUUCCAUCUGCGCAUAACUGUCUGGUCCUUGUGCACAAAAUCUGUAUCUUACAUCAAAUAUCCUAAAGCUUGUCAACAAGGAAUAAGCUUCACCCGCGAUGGCCGCUACAUGGCGCUGGCGGAGAGGAGGGACUGCAGGGACCACGUGAGCGUCUUUGUCUGCAGCGACUGGCAGCUCCUGCGGCACUUUGACGCAGACACCCAGGAUCUUGCAGGGAUCGAGUGGGCCCCGAACGGCUGUGUGCUGGCUGUGUGGGACACCUGUCUGGAGUACAAGAUGCUGCUGUACUCCUUGGAUGGCCGGCUGCUGUCCGUGUUCUGCGCGUACGAGUGGUCCCUGGGAAUCAAGUCCGUGGCCUGGAGCCCCAGCAGUCAGUUCCUGGCAGUCGGGAGCUAUGACGGAAAGGUACGCGUUCUUAAUCACGUGACUUGGAAGGCGAUCACAGAGUUCGAGCACCCUACAAACAUCAAUAAUCCCAAAAUACCCAUCCUGAGAGGUGGGGCGGGCCUGUCACGUCUCCAGGUGGUGUAUAAGGAAGCCGAGAAGAGUCCGCAGCAGGCGCUGGACCACCCCGCCUUCCCUCCCUGCAGAGCUGCCGCCGGGCUCUCCAGCCCUGAGAGCAAAUACGAGAUUGCUUCGGUGCCUGUGUCCUUGCAGAUGUUGAAGCCUGCCGCUGACAGAGCGAACCCCAAAAUUGGCAUUGGGGCGCUGGCCUUUAGCCCUGACAGCUACUUCCUGGCAACGCGGAACGACAAUGUCCCGAAUGCCGUGUGGAUCUGGGAUGUGCGGAAGCUGAGGCUCUUUGCGGUGCUGGAGCAGCUGCGCCCCGUGCGCUCCUUCCACUGGGACCCACAGCAGCCCAGGCUGGCCAUCUGCACUGGAGGCAGCAAGGUGUACCUGUGGUCGCCAGCAGGCUGCGUCUCAGUGCAGGUGCCUGGGGAAGGUGACUUCCAGGUGCUUUCUCUGUGCUGGCACCUGCACGGGGGCUCACUGGCUCUGCUCAGCAAGGACCACUUCUGCCUCUGCUUCCUGGACAGCGUGGAUGUCGGCACGGCCGGGGGACAGCGGGGCGACCACACAUAGUGCCAUGCAGGCGGGGCCAUGUGAGGGCAGAGCAGAGCGCCAGGGCCCAGCUGUGGGAGGAUGAACUCUGGGGACGCUUUCUAGCCAUGGGUGCAGCUGGAGAGGCCUGUUUUUAUAUUCGUACAGCAAGGCCUUUUUGUAAAUAUGUACAGUAUAAAACAUUCUUGUUAUUUAAAAUAUUUGCUAAUUC